UGUUGCUACCGGGGGAAAAGACUCGGACAAGAAGUGGCGGGAGGACGUUUUUCUGAGAGAACGAACUUUCUAAUUCCGUAUUAAUUAACGGAAAACAUCACAUUUGCUAAAUUGUAUUUUUUUUUUCAACUUUAGUGGAAUAUUGACGAAGUUUUGCGCACAUUUGUAACGGAAACUCAGUUCUUGUCGUCGUGUGUGGCGUCGGUUCCCGGCAGCCAUCACUGAUCGAAAUGAAACUUCCUGUUUCUGGAUCACCAAUCACCACCAGAAAGCUUCAGGCCCUGGAAGCAGAACUUGUGGAAAAUCAGGACCGAGAACAGAGAGCUCAGUUUUCUUCAUGUGGAGCCCAGGAGGAGAAUGCUGGAGAUUCUACGAAUGAGGAAUUGACCUUCAAAUGGAGACGCUGACAAUCUGAUGACGCAAAGACUGUGGCUUUGCCUCCUGUCGCCUCUUCAUCUGCACAUCACUGCUCUGCGUCGCUCCCGAUGCCUCGCUCCAGUCGGAUGGGAGACACUAACGCACCACAGGCAGGAUGACAAACCAGCCGACAACCAACCAGUCCAACACAAAAACGCAGAAGGAGAAAGAGGAAACCGCUAGAGAUGACAACACAGACCUGGCAUAUAAAGACGCUGGACACUGCAGCCGUAACACCCACAACCUGCUGCUGGGACUCACUGUUCUUGGUGUGGUCAUGGGAACGUUGUUUGGGAUGCUGCUGCGCUACAUGAUGGUGAAAGACAUGGCCGCCCUCACCAUGGUUUCCUUUCCUGGAGAAAUCCUCAUGAGGAUGCUGAAGAUGCUCAUCCUGCCUCUCAUCAUCUCCAGCCUUAUCACAGGUCUGGCCGGUCUUGACGCUCGCUCCAGUGGAAGGAUGGGAAGCAGAGCCAUGGUGUACUACAUGUCCACCACUGUCAUCGCCGCUGUCCUGGGAGUCAUCCUGGUUCUGGGGAUCCACCCGGGAAACCCCAAACUGCGGAGCAGCACCACGUCCACAUCCGCAAAAAACCAGGAGGUCAGCAGCCUGGACGCCUUCCUGGACCUGCUCAGAAACCUGUUUCCUGAGAACCUGAUGCAGGCCUGCUUCCAACAGGUGCAGACAGUGUUGAAACAGGUGACGGUCACGGCACCGAACCAAACCGAGCCGGUGGUGGUGAACAGAAAAAAACUGGAAUACAAAUGGGGCAUGAAUGUUCUUGGCUUGAUCGGCUUCUUCAUCACCUUUGGGAUCUGCAUGGGCAGGAUGGGCGAGCGUGGGAGAGUCAUGUGCGACUUCUUCAACAUCCUGAAUGAAAUCAUCAUGACGAUGGUUUCCAUCAUCAUGUGGUACUCCCCCGUCGGCAUCGCCUCUCUGAUUGCCGGUAAAAUCGCCGCCAUUGGCGACCUUGAGAUGGUUGCGAGGCAACUGGGGAUGUACAUGGUGACGGUCAUCGUGGGCCUGGUGAUCCACGGCGGCCUCAUCCUGCCCGCCAUCUUCUUCGCAAUCACCAGAAAAAGCCCAUUUGCUUUCUACUCCGGCAUCUUCCAGGCCUGGAUCACAGCUUUGGGGACCGCCAGCAGUGCGGGGACGCUGCCGGUCACUUUCCGCUGCCUGGAGGAAAACCUGAAGAUUGACAAGCGGGUGACUCGCUUCGUGCUGCCAAUAGGCGCCACCAUCAACAUGGACGGCACGGCGCUGUACGAGGCGGUGGCCGCCAUCUUCAUCGCCCAGAUGAACGACAUCUCACUGGACGGCGGACAGAUCGUCACCGUCAGUAUGACGGCCACCCUGGCCAGCGUUGGAGCCGCCAGUAUCCCCAGUGCCGGACUGGUGACCAUGCUGCUGAUCCUGACCGCCGUCGGCCUCCCCACUCAGGACAUCAGUCUGCUGAUCGCCGUCGACUGGCUACUUGACCGAAUGCGAACCUCCAUCAACGUGGUUGGGGAUUCGUUUGGCGCCGGGAUCGUGGAUCAUUUAUCGAGGGCCGAGCUGGCGGAGCUCGAUGCAGCGGAAAUGCUCCCGACAGAGGAGGAGCUGGACUUCAUUCCUCCGCCGCCGAUUUUCACCGAAAUGGACCUGGUCGACCCGCUGAAGCCGCCAGAGCUGCCGCCUCGCUCCCCUCGCCCCCCGAAGAUGAACCAUCACAGCAACGUUCUGUCCCAGUCCCAAUCCGCCACUUACUCACCUUCCUGCUCCAUCCGAUCUCCGUCACCUCACUCCGUUCGCUCUCCCUCCCCGCGCUCCGUCUGCUCCCAUUCCCCUCGGCCUUUCCGCACUCAUUCGCCUCGCCUCCUCUGCAGGACGGAGCCGGGCUACUCCGCCCUGCCCAGCCACGACAACCAGGUUUCAACGUUGCCGCGCGGCUACAGAGAUCGCGAUCGAGAUCGGGAUCGGGAUCGGGAUCGGGGGCGCGACAGGAUCCGGGUCAGAGAGCGGGACAGAGAGCGGGAGCGGGAACGCCUGAGGCCAGAGAGCGAAACGGAGGAGGAAGAGGACAGAGAGCGAGUUCUGGGCGAAGUGAGCGACGGCGAGGAGAGCGACGACACCGCGUACGAUCGGCGCUGCGGCAUCUCACCCAGCGAUUUACCGUGACGUCAUCUUCGUCUGUUUGUCUUGGUUUGACGACACGUUUCCACUUUCAGCAUCAAAACCGAGAAACAUCCAGUAGAGACGACGCAGAAACUCACACAAGCUGCGUUUCCAUGACCAACGGCCACAAACUUUGACAUUCCACCUUCCUUCCUUCCUUUUUUCUUUCCUUUUUUCCCUCCUUCCUUCCUUUUUUCCUUCCUUCCUUCUUUCCUUCCUGCCUUCUUCCCUUCCUUCCUUCUUCCCUUCCUUCCUUCUUCCCUUCCUGCCUUCCUUGCUUGUUUCCUUGCUUCCUUCUUCCGUUCCUUUCUUACUUCUUUCCUUCCUUCUUUCCUUCCUUCUUCCCUUCCUUCCUUCCUAUUUUAUAAAUUUGCUAGAAAACUUCAGGACAUUUUCUGAGUUUCAAAAUUUUCUGAGAAGCCAAAAUUUGUAUUUUUGAAACUCAGAAAAUUUCCAAGUUUUUUCUCAAGAAUUUCUGAAACUAAUCUCAACAUGUCUUAAGUUUUUUUCUAGAAAAUUCCAGAGAUUUCUAGAAACAAAUUCUAGAUUUUCUUUCUUCCGUUCCUCCAUUCCUUCCUACAUCAUAAAUUUUCUAGAAAAAAAGCGGACAAUUUCAAAAGUAAAUUUUUUUUCCUCAAAUUUCUGAAAUGUUUUAGAUUUUUUCCCUCCAUUCCUUCCUUCGUCAUAAAUUUGCUAGAAAAUAACUUAGAAGUUUCAAAAGUCAAAAAGUUUUGACUGAACUUUUUGAGAGUUUAAUUCUCAACUUUCUCAAAAAAGAUGAAAAUUAAAUUUUUUUGAGAAAGUUUCAUUCUCAAAAAUUUCUGAAGUUAAAUUGAAAAUUUCUUAGAUUUUCCAGAAUUUCUUUCUUCCGUUUUUCUUUCCUUCUUUAAUUCUUUCCUUCCUAAAACAGACACAUUUUUAAUUUAUUUUAUUAACUCUCAUUUAUUUAAUAAAUUAAAACAGUCAAAAAUAUCUGAACUUGUUCUGAAAAGUUUUUCUUCAGUUCCAGCUGCAAAAGUUUCUGCUUAUAAACUAUUUAUUGAUCUGAUUAUAAUCAGAUCUCAGUUUCUUUAAAUGUGUCUGCCAGAAUGCUGAAGAUGUAAAUUUGAAAGCAUAAAACGAUGAAUCCGUCCAGCAGAUGUUAUUUUUUUACACUUCUUCGCCUUCCUGAAUCUCUCUUCCGAGGUAAUAUUACUCAAAUCAUGUGAGGUUUGUACAUUUAUUUGUUGUGGUUUGUGUGCGAUGCUGUUUUAAUGUUGUAUGUUUAAAUCUGUUGGUGUUUUAUUCUGAUUUUGUCAUUUAAUUUCUGUAUGUCGACCACCGUCCUUCACCCCUAAAGUCCCAAAUCAGAUUCACAUCACCAGGUUCUGUGUAUAUUGUAAUAAAACCUUAUAGAUUUAUUUAAAGUAACUAUGAUUCGUUUUAGUUUUUUAAAAAAACAUCUUGUGCAAUCUGCAGAAGGAUUUGCUGUCAGAAAGGGGUCAGAAAAAUCCCAGAGACAAAGAUAUUACAGGAUGAACAGAGACGUCACAACACACAGCGAUCCGAACGCGUUUAAUCCGCUCAAAGAAGAGCCAGAGACGGCGACGCGCCGCAGGGCGGCAGAUGGCCGCAAAGACGUCAAUCACUUUCAUUCUUCCCAGACAGCAUAAGGCCCGGCAGCGUCAGCGCUGCUGCAGAAUCUGUAUCUGUUUAUAUAUCUAUAACACAAUCAUAAGCAUUGAUAACUAAUAAAUGAUAAAAUAUGAUA